CGAACCACGUCUCAGCACGGCUGCUCGUCAGCCAAUCACAUCGCGCGUUGUUGAGACGUCAUGUGUCCGGCAGUAUCAUUGAGGCUGUGCGCCGCGCAUUUGGCAGGGGAAGCAAGAUGGCGGCUACUCCCGUGGACCUGGAGCUGAAGAAGGCUUUUACAGAACUUCAGGCCAAAGUAAUGGAUACGCAGCAGAAAGUGAAACUAGCAGAUCUACAGAUAGAACAGUUGAAUAGAACAAAGAAGCAUGCCCACCUUACUGAUGGUGAAAUUAAGACCUUGCCUGAUACAACUCCAAUGUAUGAAGGUGUGGGAAGGAUGUUUGUUCUUCAAACUAAAGAAAUAAUUCACAGCCAAUUGCUGAAUAAACAAAAAGUAGCCAAUGAGAAGAUUGCAGAGCUGGAGCAGAAAAAGUCUUAUCUGGAGCGAAGUGUGAAGGACGCUGAAGAUAACAUUAGGGAAAUGUUAAUGGCCAGAAAAGCACAUUAGCAACACUAUAUAUUCUUUUUAAUGUGGAGUAUAUGAUUCAGAAGCUUUUCUUUUUGAUAAAUAUAGGCACUAUUGUUUUGUGCCUUUAUAACACUGUGUUUACAUUAAGUUCCUACAUGUAUAAUCCAUAUUUAACUUUUAUCAAUAAACCCUUUCUUUAAAUAUU